AUGUACUCUAAUUCCAUUUCAUCAAGUACAAAUUGCUUGCCUGUUCCCGGUGAGGGUGCAGCUAAUAUACCUGCUGCUUUUGUUAGCGCAAUCAAUUGUAACUCUAAACCAAUCAUCCAAAGUAAGAUUGAUCGAAGGUCUUCAGCAAGGAGGUUCAUGGAUGCUACUAGUAGACCUCAUUCAAGUAACUACGGGGAAUGGGAGCAACCCGUGAAGACUGAAGUAAAGAAUGAGCAGGAUUACAAGCAAGGAGAGCACGACAAUUCGUUCCAGCUUAGCACCAUCUUCUGGAACAAUAAGGAGGCUCAGGAUCUACCUUUCCAAGCAGAGCCUUUUACCACGAUGGCAGGACUUAUCUCUAGACUCCUCGACUCCGCUACUGUCAAUAAUGCCCUGUUCUCUUAA